GGCUCGCCGGCACGGCGCACGCGCAAACUUCCGGCCUCGGCGCGCGAGCUGAUACCUGCGGCCUUUCGUAGGAAUUUUUUGCUUUCCCUUUCUCGCUCUGCAAUCCGUUGGGUUGUGCGCCCAUCCCGCCCGCAACCAUGACGGUGGGUAAGAGCAGUAAGAUGCUUCAGCAUAUCGACUACAGAAUGAGGUGCAUCCUUCAGGAUGGGCGCAUCUUCAUUGGAACCUUCAAAGCAUUUGACAAACACAUGAACCUUAUCCUAUGUGAUUGUGAUGAGUUCAGGAAGAUCAAGCCAAAGAACUCCAAACAACCUGAGCGGGAAGAGAAGCGGGUUCUUGGACUGGUCUUGCUACGUGGUGAGACAUUGGUUUCCAUGACAGUGGAAGGACCUCCUCCAAAAGAUACUGGAAUUGCUCGCGUGCCUCUUGCUGGUGCAGCUGGAGGUCCUGGUAUUGGUCGAGCAGCGGGUCGUGGUGUCCCUGCUGGAGCACCAAUGCCACAGGCUCCAGCUGGGUUGGCGGGUCCUGUCCGAGGAGUAGGAGGACCAUCUCAGCAGGUGAUGACACCCCAGGCACGUGGAACAGUUGCAGCAGCUGCAGUUACAUCCAGUAUUGCAGCAGCACCUCAGCAGUACGGACCAGGCCGUGGAGGCCCACCACCACUGGGCCGAGGAGCACCACCACCAGGUAUGAUGGGCCCUCCUCCUGGUAUGCGGCCGCCUAUGGGACCACCUAUGGGAAUGCCUCCUGGCCGAGGAGCACCAAUGGGAAUGCCACCAGGAAUGAGACCACCACCACCAGGAAUGAGAGGUCCUCCACCACCCAGUAUGCGUCCACCAAGGCCGUGAUAAUGAAACCAGGAAGAUACCAAGGCUAAUAAAUUAUACCCAUCUACAUGGGAACAUUUUUUGAAGAAGAGAUCUUAAGCAAAGACUUUUCAGAUCAUGCUGCUUUGACAGCUGGAUAUUGCAAUGCGAUUGCUAAAUUUUCUGGGACUUUUUGUAAGUAGAAUGGCAGAACUGUUGCCCGGUUGGAAUUUGUUUGAUUUGUAUUGUAAUAUUUUACAUUUUUAUUAAAAUGAGUAAAG